AUUUUCUCUUCAUGUUGUGCUGUUCCUCUCAGCGUACGAGUGUCUCUCACACACACACACACACACACACACACACAGAGAUGUGGACGAGGACAUGGUGAGGAAUCUCCUGAAGCCCAGCAGUUUUCUGUGUCCAGCUUGUCUUUUUUUCCCACACGGAGCUCAGAGCAGAGGGAGGAAGUGAACAGAUGUUUUAUGGUGUGCCUGUAGUGAUCCCUUUGAGGAAUCCCUCUUUCCAACGAGCUGUGACCCCCGCAGCAGCCAGCCGUCUCUCCAGGAUGUGAAUACGGCUUGUCAGCUUUCCGCAGGUGUCUGGGUUUAAAGCACGAGGAUGGGUUUAAAGCAUAAAGAUGGAUGUGUGGUGGGCUGAGCUGGGCGGCUGGGCCUGAUCUCCGUCCUCAGGCCUCUCUUUAUCAUGAGAGCCUGUUUGAGCUCUCUGCUGCUGGGCCUCUUUGCGCUCCAGAGGAGCCUCGGCAGCACGUCAACGGCAGGCCUGGGCCUAAACACACACUCUCACAACAGAACCAGACUUGGUGCGGGCCCGGUUCUGAAUGCACACGCUCAUAACAGAACCAGACUUCCGGUGGGGCCGAUCUUAAACACACACACUCACAACCGAACCAGACUUUAUGUGGGCUCUGUCCUGAAUGCACACACACAAAAUCGGACUAAACUCUCUGAGGGAGGAGGAAAGGACCCCCAUCACCGGCCCAAGAGGGGUUGGGUGUGGAAUCAGUUCUAUGUUUUGGAGGAGCACAUUGGACCGGAACCGCAGUAUGUCGGAAAGCUGCACUCCAACUCGGAUAAAGGUGACGGCUCGGUGCGGUAUCUCCUCUCAGGAGAAGGUGCUGGGACCAUCUUCACCAUUAAUGAGUCUACAGGAGACAUCCAUGCCACGAAGAGCCUGGACCGAGAGAAGAAGAACCACUACGUCCUCCACGCCCGCGCCAUCCACAGCGUCACGCAUCACACCGUGGAACCCGAGUCCGAGUUCAUCAUCAAGGUCCAGGAUGUGAACGACAACGCGCCUACCUUCCCCAACGGCCCCUUCACUGCCUCUGUACCCGAGAUGGCCGACAUCGGAACCUCGGUUCUCCAGAUCACUGCCACGGAUGCUGACGACCCCACGUAUGGCAACAGCGCCAGGAUAGUCUACAGCGUCCUGCAGGGCCAGGCAUAUUUCAGCAUUGACCCCAAAACCGGUGUCAUUAGGACAGCACUGGCCAACAUGGACAGAGAAACCAGAGAAAUGUACUCCAUCAUCAUUCAAGCCAAAGACAUGGCCGGUUCAGUGGGGGGUCUUUCAGGGUCCACCACCGUCAACAUCACGCUCACGGACGUCAACGACAAUCCACCCAGGUUUCCUCAAAAAAACUACCAGCUGUAUGUCCCCGAGUCUGCUCAGGUUGGGAAAGCUGUGGGAAAAAUCAAAGCCAACGAUGAAGACCUCGGAAUCAAUGCAGAGAUGGAGUACAAGAUCACCAACGAGGACGGGGCGGCCAUGUUCUCCAUCUCUACCGACAGCGACAUGAGAGAGGGGGUCAUCUCUCUGAGAAAGAAUCUGGACUACGAGACCAAAAAGGCUUACUCUUUAAGCAUCGAGGGAGCCAAUACUCACCUGGACCCACGUUUCUCGCACCUCGGCCCCUUCAAGGACACCACCACACUGAAGAUAAUCAUUGGGGAUGUAGACGAAGCGCCGAUUUUUCCUAUGGAUUAUUACAUCAUGGAUGUGUACGAGAACAUGCCGGUCGGAACAGACGUCGGCAUUGUGACGGCUCAAGACCCUGACAACGCCAGGGGAAAAAUCAGGUACUCCAUCAACGAGAGUGCAGACGGCAAGACACUUUUCAGCAUCGAUGAGAACAGCGGGCUCAUUAAAACCACGACGAGUCUGGAUCGAGAGGGCGUGGCUUGGCACAACAUCACUGUCAGUGCUGCAGAGGUUGACAAUCCCAGGUUGGUGAGCUCUGUCCCUGUUACAGUCCAAGUCCUGGACAUAAACGACAACACGCCAUACGUCCAGAGCGACAGUGACAUCAUCGUGUGUGAGAGUACCAAAGCAGGCCAGGUCAUCCAGACCAUCAGGGCUACGGACAGGGACAACUUCGCCAAUGGACGCUUUUCCUUCGCCCUGCCAGCGAACGGUCCAACCAACCCAAACUUCACCGUCAAGGAUAAUGAAGACAGCAGUGCGAGUAUCAUGGCCCGGCGCUGGGGCUUCAGUCGGGCCGAUCAGGAGCUCUAUCAGCUGGCCGUGGUGGUGUGGGACGGAGGAGAACCGGCGCUCAGCAGCACCACCACCCUCACACUGCGCGUGUGUCCGUGUCAACGCGGCCUCCGAUCGCCCACCUGCCGACCCCAAGCCUUCUUCUCCUCCGCCGGCCUCAGCACAGGAGCUCUCAUCGCCAUCCUGCUCUGCGUCCUCAUCCUGCUGGCCAUCGUGGUGUUGUUCGUCACCCUGCGGAGCAAGAAGAGCAAAAAAGAGACGCUGAUAAUUUCGGAGGAGGACAUCAGGGAGAACGUGGUGACGUACGACGACGAAGGUGGCGGCGAGGAAGACACAGAGGCCUUCGACAUGGCGGCUCUGAGGAACCCCGAGGCCGCGUCGGAGGCUCGCAAAAAGCGUAAAAGGAGGAAGGAGGAGGCGCAGUGCGAGCCGUAUGGAGCCGUAGGGGUAGAGACGCUGAGUCCGUCCCUGCUGCCGCCCGCUCAGGACAUCCAGGAAGUGCUUCAGCUAAAGGUAGUGGAGGCGGAUCAGGACACGAGCGGGCCGCCGUACGACUCACUGCAGACGUAUGCGUACGAAGGCCAGGGCUCUCCGUCCGGCUCCAUCAGCUCUCUGGACCUUCCCGAUCCUCCGUAUGAACCCAACACUCUGGACCUGGACGCCUCGUGGCCUGAUGUUCACUCACUCGCGACACUUUUCCAGGAGAGAAGCGGCCUGCACACGCUCUAAUGCGACUCGCCGUGCGUUUAAAACCCUGAUAUCGUCUCCUUCGUUGUUUUCUCAUCGGUGUUCAGAUGAUCCUGCACAGAAGGCUGUUCCGUUUUUACUUCUUUGGGUAUUUUUUUCCGGUCCAAAUUUUUUGUGGGAUUAUUUUGACUCUUGUUUUUUUUUUUUUGUUUUUUGUUUUUUGUUUUUUUUGGAGAAAAAAUAAGAAAAUACUAAAACAAGGACCAGCAAAGGAAACUAUUUUCCCUGGUGUAUAUUUUAUAUUGCUUAAUAAAGUCCAUGAUUGCGGAUAAAUAAAUCAAA